AUGCACGGCAACUCACCAGAGCUGGGAUGGGUGGUUCAGAAAUUCGGUGGAACGAGUGUGGGAAAGUUUCCGGAAAAGAUUGCCCGUGAUAUUGUUAACCUUCUCGGUGUCUACGAGAAACUCAAGGCCGUCAACAUGGCUGGCGUUACGGAAGAUGACCAGGCCGCAUUGGUUGAGAGCGCCAACGGGCUGAUGCUCGACAUCUGCAAUGACCACAUCUUUGCGAGCGAGGCCUACGUCACCGAUGAGCGGAUCCGCACCCAGCUCAUCGGGGACAUCAAGAAGGAGUGCCAGGAGGUCAUCGAGUACAUCGCCGCGGCCAAGCGGUUCAACCUCGAGAUCAAUGCACGUUCCAAGGACCGCGUCAUCAGCUUCGGCGAGAAGCUCAGCUGCCUGUUCAUGACAGCUCUGCUCAGGACGCAUGGAGUCGAGGCCAAGUACGUCGACCUGUCCGAAGUCUUCCAUAACGACUCGUCGCACGUGCUGGGCUCCGAGUUCUAUCGACUGGCCGCCGCCGUCUUCGCCAAGAAGAUAGCCGCCUGCGAGACGUGCGUGCCCGUCGUCACCGGCUUCUUCGGUAACGUCCCAGGCAGCCUGAUGGAGGGCGACAUCGGGCGCGGGUACACAGACCUCUGCGCCGCCCUGUGCGCCGUCGGCGUCCGGGCCAGGGAGCUGCAGAUCUGGAAAGAGGUCGACGGCAUCUUCACUGCCGACCCGACAAAGGUGCCCACGGCGUCGCUGCUGUCGUCCAUCACGCCCUCGGAGGCCGCCGAGCUCACCUUUUACGGCUCCGAGGUCAUCCACCAUCUCACCAUGGACCAGGUCAUACACGCCCAGCCCCCCAUCCCCAUCCGCAUCAAGAACGUCAACAACCCGCGCGGGAACGGCACCCUGGUCAUGCCCAAGGACGCCGACGGUACUGGCGUCGGCGCGCCCCCACUGCCGCGCGCCCCCGCUAAGCCCAAGAGGCCCACGGCCGUCACUAUAAAGGACCACAUGAGCAUCAUCAACAUCCACUCGAACAAGCGGUCCAUCUCCCACGGCUUCUUCGCCCGCGUCUUCUCUAUCCUCGACAAGCACGCCGUAUCCGUCGACCUCAUCUCCACCUCCGAGGUCCACGUCUCCCUCGCCAUCCACUCCAGCAGCCAGCAGCUCAGCAACAUCUCGGCGGCGCAGAAGGAGCUCGAGGAGGUCGGCGAGGUCUCGAUACAGUCCAACAUGGCCAUCCUCAGCCUCGUCGGUGCCGAGAUGCGCCAGAUGAAGGGCAUUGCCGGGAGGAUGUUUUCUACCUUGGGAGAGCACCAGGUCAAUCUUGAAAUGAUUUCUCAGGGCGCCAGUGAAAUCAACAUCUCGUGCGUCAUUGCCGCCGAAGACGCCACGAGGGCCAUGAACGUCUUGCACACCCACCUGUUUACUUUCCUGGACUAA